AGCUCACGUGACCACCUGUCCUACAUCCUCGCGGAAGGACAUACAGUUGGGAGACAUGGGUUGUUCGCCACCGUUGCGUGUUUAGCUUUUCUGCGUGACAGUGCCUUGAUUUUGCGGGAAUGACAUUCGGGGCAGCUGGACGCUUGUCGUGGAGGAGCGCGCGGAACUCCCGCGUGCAACUGCUGGAUGUAAACAUCCGGCGCAACGGCUCUAAUAAUCCAACGAGCCAACAGGAUAAAGCCGCCAAGCGGACACCUUUGAGACCGGAGCCCAGCUCUACACAUGACUGGAUCGGCCCCCCGAACCCGCUGUCCAACCUGCGGCCGAUCAUCUACCGCAUCCCUGAGGAGGAGUCGGAGCUGGAAAAGAGGCUGAGAAACCUGAGGCAGGAGACGGAGGACUGGAACCACAAGUUCUGGACCCAGCAGAACCUCAACUUCAGCCAGGAAAAAGAAGCUUUCGUGGUUUCCCAGCUGGCGGGGAAAGGCCUGACUCUGCGAGACGUGGACGGAAGACGGCGGAGUCUGAGCAGUGAAGAGAUGGCCGUGUUUUACAAAAGCUUCCUGGACAAAAACAGAAAACACCAUGCAAGUUAUAACAAGGAAUGGUACCGCCGUAACUUCACCAUCACCUGGCUCAUGGGUCGAGUCGUGUUCAGCAGCGUGUGGAGAACUUUGACCGGGAGAUGGAACAGCUCUCCAACGCUUUAACCAUUCCUCCAAAUAAAUUCCUCCCAACUCGGGA